AUCAAUGUUGUGAAUCAAAGUUGUGGCUCAUUCUCAUCAGUGAAACCACAGAGAGAUCACCUGCACUAAACUGCCCGUACAAAACAUUUUGCCAGAGUACAUCAGUGCGACAGAGAAAACCAGAGCACAGAAAUCUCAGAAGAAGAGAAAAGAAAGAAAAACAAACAUCUGCAACCAAACCCAGCUCGCCUGAAAAUGUCUGAACAGAGACAGAUUGUUGAUUCAUGUCACAUGGACGAAGAAGCAGAGAACAGGGACGAAAUCUGCAGUUCUCCUGCUUACUCCAUGACAGAUUUUGACGAGUUCAUGGAGGAGGAUGACAUCUUAGAUGAUAAAGAGGUCACCUGCUGCACCUGCAGUGAGGACAGCAUGUCUCUAUUUUCCUCUUCUUGGUGCUCGUACGAUGAUUCCGAGUCUGUCUCAGUCGAGAUGCUUCAUCAGGAUAUCAAUGAAGUGAUAUCUCAAGUUUGUCAAAGCAUCUUGUUUCCUGAAGACCUGGAGGGAGAGGAAGAUUUUGGAGAAAGAGAGGAUCAAAGCAUCUUGUUUCAUAAAGACUUGGAGAGAGAGGAAGAUUUUGGAGAAAGAGAAGAUGGCUGGAUCACAGACACAACCUCCAUCUUUUCUGAAGAGAGCAUUAGAUGUUCCUCCUCUGCCUCUUUUUCCUACAGCUAUGCAGCCAUGACUGAGACAGCAAUAAGUGUUGUCUCCCAGGCCAUUGAAAAGGCUGUCAAGACAGUGCAGUCCACUGAUGCUGUGAAGAACCUGGAAGAGAAUGAGGCUGAAAAGAUAGUGCAGUCCACUGAGUCUUUCCAGACACUCGAGAACACAGAGGUCGUCAGGACCAUUAAAGACAGCAAUGCUCCUCAGUCACGUCCAAGUUCCAGGCCUCUUGGGCUAGUGGAGGAAGAACAGGAUAUCACACCUGAAGACGCUGUAAAUGUUGUGCCAGCUCCACUCUCCACCAGCUCAUUUCUGCCAGCUCAUCAAAUGGAUGAGAUCCCUGAAGCAGAGAGACAACUGCUGGUCCAAACUGUGGACCAGGAAAAAGUGACAAGUUCCCCAAGCCAUCUGUUCCAAGACUCUUGUGAUGGGGUGCUGAAGGGUUUUUCUCCCGGACCCUCAGACGACGAUGGGCAUGUUGCAUUGUCCCAGGAGGACAAAGAAGCAGUAGCAGACUGGCAACUUGUCCUUAAUUCUCCCACCAUCACUACCUUAAUAAGAAGAUUUUUCCAGAGUCUUGAUGAUGAACAAUGGAGGGAAGUCAGUGAAGGCGUUUACAACUGGAAUGUGAAGGAGCAGCUUACUGACAUGUGCACAGAUUUGCUAAAGUUUAUUUCAGAGUCUGUUGCUCAAAAAGUUUUGCAGUUUCUCCAUCUGAGGAGUCCCUUGUGCUCAGUAAAUCUCACUGAGUUCUUUGGUAUCACUGAGUACAGUAUGCAGAGAUGUUUGGAAAGUUCAUUCAGCCAGGCUCUCAGUGACAUUGUUGGUGCCGACAACCCUGGAGUGAUUUCACCCAAAUUCACAGAGGACAUGGCAAGAGAAAUCACUGAUGAGCUCAACUCUAUCCUGUCAGUGGCCAAACAAGCCUCUUUGGAAAGCGAAUCCUCCAGCCUCCCCAUUCCUGUCAGCUGCCUGGUGUCAAAAGACAGAGCAGCCAAGAAAACUUUGGAAGGAGCUAUCUCAACAAUGAAGUCCUUCCUCACAGGACGAGGCAUUACAGUAAAAAGGAGGAUACAUAGAGACGAAGGUUCUCCUGAUACAAAUAAAGAGGAGACACCGGCCAGAGGAGGUAAAAGACAGAGGAUGAAGUCAUGGAAGAGGUGGUUCAGGUUUUGGUCAAGGAACAAGACUGAACCAAUUCCCCUCACAAAUUCAUGCGAGGCCACCACUUCAGCCAGCUCAGAAUCUAAGAGUGAUUUAAAUAACAGCUGGUCUUAUUCUGAAGAGACGCCCUCCACCACCUCCCCACAUCAGCCUCAGCCUGACUCUGAGGUUCUUGAUGACCAAGCUGAUAUUAAAGACACCAAAUCAAAGAGGAGUAAACUUUUCCUCUUCGGUCUCCUCACAAAGGCAUCAGCAGACAAUCGCACAAGGAGCCCUCCUCUUUGGACAAAAUUCUUGCCUUGAAGAACCACAAUCAGGACCAGCUUCAGCCACUGGCCUGAAAAUAACCUCUCCCUCUUUCUACUAACUUCCCUACUGACACAAUUUCUUAACCCCAUUCAACCCCUUUUUCCCUUUCCGUAAUGAAUGUGUUUUAUUGUGUUUCUAGCUUGCAUUUUAAAAUAAAUACUUGAACAGUGA